CCUCCCUUUCUUAAGUUUCCCCUCAUGUAUUCUAUUGUAUUUUUAUUAUUCUUAUUCCCACAUGUGUUUGGUUAUGAACAAGACGUUUUAACUUCUACCGCAAACAUUAGCGAUCCAGUCAAUCAAGACAUUUACAACUCGAAAGAAUUAUUCACACGAGAACCUAAUGUCACAGAUAUCAAUGAGGUAGUGCAGGUCAAGCUUUACUGUGAAAUAGACAAUACGCAUUGUGCCAAAGUUCAAGCCGCACUUGUUUCUGCGGCCUAUCGACUCUCGGACGUCUUGAACUUUCGUAACCAGAUUGUAAUCAAGGCGUCUUAUUACAGCUUUUGCCUGAAUCGUUGUUCGAAUAGCACGUUUGGAUGGGGUACGCCUAGCUCACAGUUUACAUUGAUUUCACUGGAUGAGGCGGACUCCAACUUCAUUUACCCACAGGCAUUAGCGAAACAGAUCCGAGCACCGUACACGGAUAUUAGUAGUUGGGCUAGUUACGAUCUAGCGGUGGAUAUCAAUCAUGAUAUACACAAUAAUGAGAUGGAUUCGGAUGGAAUAGGUGGAUUUUACUUUGCUAACGAUAGUAGUUCUAUUGAAGACCACCAGGUGGAUCUUGAAUAUGUUGUAUUGCACCAAAUGAUUCAUGGAUUAGGUAUGUUAUCUUCAUGGGCUCCCUAUUUCUCAGAUAGUACGUCUCCUUUUCAAGAAUUAUUAAAGGGUUUGAUCCCAUCCGAUAAUUUAAAAAUGAUGACACCGAGUCCGAAUUGGUUUGUUAAGCACGAUACGGGUCCAGCGUAUGUCACAGGAUUUCAACCGAAUUUGAUCUUCGAUAAAUUCCUGAAAUUAUUCAUACCCGCCAAGAAUAUUACGGCCGAUCUGGUCGAAUAUAGUUUCGAUAUGCAAGGUUUCUGCAUUGCAGACUCACCAAACUCUUUUAUUGUUAAUUUUAUGAAUUCAUUCUUGAAUAAUGCAACUCAAUCCUCUAGAGCCAAAGCCAUGUACGUUUCAUUGUCCACUUCCAAAACUUUAACCUUUCGAUUCACAAGAACAAAUAAUAAUCACACACUUUAUAAUACCAAUCCUUACUUAAAUUCCACCUAUGACUCCAUCCAAUUAAUGACAGGUCCUGAUGUACUCUCAUCGCUGCAGGAAGCUUAUUAUCGACCGGGUGUCUCGAUCUCCCAUGUCGAUGAUGAUUAUAGCACCACACCGGAUUUCCUGAUGACACAUCAUUUCGUCAAGGGGAAGACACUACAGAUGUUGAUUGAGGAUGGGUAUACGGAUAUACCGAUCAUCAAAUACAAUCUAACCAUAAGCAAACUUGUCAAUAUUACAACAGUCGUUCAUAAUACCACCGUCAACACAACAGAAAAGAGAGAUGAAACGAUCGAAUAUGUUUAUAAAUCUGCAAUCGGUCCAGGCAUCUUGCGUAUUUUGGAAACAAUUGGAUAUUCAACUGUCUUGACAAAUACGAAUUAUACAACCAGUGUGAUAAAGACUAACAAACCCGAUUCUGAUUGUGAUGAUAUUGACGGAAAGACCUAUAGUGGGAUAUCAGACGGUGACUCUAUGCCGCUAUCUACCACUUCUUUAGCUGAUCGUAUACAAAUUACAAAUAUACUGCAAUUACUUUUAUUAUUAUUAGUAACCACUGCAUUAUUAUAUCAAUAAAAGGGGUUAAUUUUUUUUUUU